CCCUCUGCUCUGGGCUCAACAAGUCCAUAUUAAGAAGAAAGACCUGCUCUCUUUCUCUCUCACACUCACUCACAAACACAGCUUAGAAAGUCCCACAGUAGGUCAUGUCUCGAGGUCUGUCCUCAGGAAGUGUUGCCCCAACUAAACUAAACCAACAAACAAACCUGCCCUCUCCCAGCCUAACUCUGUGUGUGUGUGUGUGUGUGUGUGUGUGUGUGUCUGUGUGUGUGUGUGUGUGUGUGUGUGAGCCUGACCAGUGACACACAAGUGAUGGGUCCUAGGAGGAAGGCCUCUAAACUCCAGCCUGUAGGGGGCAGCGGUGAAGGGGAACUUGUCCUGAGACCCAGUGAGCCCAAAGAUUACAUCAAUGAGCUGUCCCAUGAAGUCCUCUGUCAUAUAUUCAGGUACCUUCCCAUGAAGGACAUCAUGUGUAUGGAGUGUCUGUCCAGAAAGCUUCGAGAAGCUGUCACUCUGUACCUGCGAGUGGUAAAGGUAGUGGACCUGUGUGCCGGUCGCUGGUGGGAGUAUAUGCCUUCAGGCUUUACCGACAGCAGCUUUCUGCUCCUUUUGAAGAAGAUGCCAGAUCUGGAGCAGCUAUAUGGCCUCCACCCUCGAUACCUGGAGAGGAGACGAGUCCGAGGCUACGAGGCUUUCAGUAUACCUGGAGUUCUGGAGGCACUACAAGCCUGUCCCAAUCUGCUGGGUGUGGAGACAUCCCAUCUGGAGCUGGUGGAAGCCAUAUGGAACUACAUGCCUCAGGUUCACAUACUGGGAAAGUUCCGCAACCGUAAUGGGGCUUUUCCCAUUCCCGCAGAGAACAAACUGACCAUCCCCAUAACUGCAAAGAUCCAGACCCUACAUCUAGUGGGUGUGAAUGUCCCAGAGAUCCCCUGUGUGUCCAUGCUGCGGCACCUUUACCUAAAGUGGGUCCGUCUCACCAAACCACAGCCAUUUAAGGACUUCCUGUGUGUGAGCCUGAGAACCUUUGUUAUGCGGAACUGCGCAGGGCCAACAAAUUCCCUCAAAUAUGUUCCCCUGGUUACUGGUUUAGCAUCAGCCCGGAACCUGGAGCAGCUGGAGCUGGUUAGAGUCCCCUUCCUGGGAGGACUGAUCCAACAUGUGGUGGAGGACAGCUGGAGGUCAGGAGGAUUUCGGAACCUCCACACCAUUGUGUUUGGAGCCUGUAAGAAUGCUCUGGAAGUGGACUUGGGCUACCUCAUCAUCACUGCUGCUCGCAGGCUUCAUGAGCUGCGUAUCCAGCCUUCACUGACUAAAGAUGGUGUCUUCUCAGCUCUCAAAAUGGCUGAACUAGAGUUUCCUCAGUUUGAGACACUUCAUCUGGGAUACGUGGAUGAGUUCCUGCUACAAUGUAAGAUGAGUCAUUCGGAGCUGGUGAAGUACGGUCUGGCAGAUGUCAUUGAGAAUCCAGGCAUCAUCACUGAUAUUGGCAUCAGGGUGGUGAAUGAGGUGUUCACCAAUAUUAAAUACCUCCUCAUCUACAACUGUCCUCACCUACAUAACCCGCACCAGUGGAUCACAGAUCAGUCAAGAUGGGGCCGCCUGGUUGAUCUCACUCUGGUUCGCUGUCAUGCUAUCAAACUGGAAUCCUUCUCCCAGUUCAUAGAGUUACUGCCCAGUCUGGAGUUUAUCUGUCUGGACCAGAUGUUUAGAGAACCACCCAAGGGCUGUGCCAGGGUGGGCCUGAGUGCAGGAACUGGUAUUGGUGUGUCCUCGGCACUGGUCAGCAACCAGAACUCCAACAAUGACAAUGACAACAACAACAACAACAACAACAACCACCACCACCACCACCACCACCACCACCACAAUAAUGAGGCAAACUUGCCUCCUGCCCCUCCACCUGUCGUCAACAACAACAACAACAACAACAACAACAACAACCAAAGGCAGCAGCAGCACAAUGCAGCAGUGGAGAUAAAUGGGAUGGAGGAUGAGGAGGAAGAGGAGGAGGAGGAGGAUGAGGUUAUGUUGGAGGAGGAGAAAAUGGAAGCUGAGCCUCAGAUAGAGUUGAAAGGAGCUGAAGAGGAGGUGAGAGUGGAGGAAGCUGACAUAUCUCCAGGGCCCAAUCGUCCAACUGGAACAACACAACCUCCUGAUGAGGAGCAAGCAGGUCCCAGUGGUUUAGUCCAGCAGUGCAGAUCAGCUGGUGUCCCUGUUCCCAAGCCCCCACUGGUCAUCUCUGAUUCGGACAGUGAGGAAGAAGAAGGCCUUGUUUCAAGGCUAAUGCCAGCUUCCUGUUUGCAGCAGCCAGCUUCCUGUUUGCAGCAGCCAGCUUCCUGUACAGAAGGUGUCAGCACAACACAGAACACACCCAGCUGUCACAAAAGUAAAGGAAAGACUCCUCUCCGCCGGAGCAACAAUGUGGCUGUAUCAGUGGCAGCCUCAGUAGACCAGACAAAGGCUCAGGUGUUAGAGAGCAGCUGUGAGAAGAGCUGUCAGGUGACCAGUGAACAGAUCAAGGCAGACAUGAAGGCUGCUGCUGAGAACAGUAAGAGAACUAGCAACAAAGGAGUUACUACUGAGGCUGGAGAGACCAGUACAAGGCCUGGGGCUGAGGGUGGGCCAGUACGGGGCACUGGGAGUGCUGGGGCAGCAGCAAGGACUGGAGUCAGGCCAGUGACUGGAUCAGUGAGCAGGGUUGGACCUGGAGUAGCCACAUCCAGGCAGGUGGAUGGAUGUGGGAGGGUGGUAGCGGGAACCACCUACAGAGCAACCACAACCAAUGACAGAGCUGCAAGAACUGGCAGGACUAUUGAUGGCACAGAGGGCCCCUCUAGAGUGCAGACUGGGGACAGUUGUCCAAGGGAGUCUGGGGUGAGGCCGAGCUCUGGCAUUGCAGAUGCGGACAGUUUGGGGCCCAGAGAUGCUUCCAGGAGACCAGCACUGCUGGCUGGACAAGGAGAGAGACAACCUGUCCCUGCUGGAUCUACCUCUGCUGCUGGUUCAGUUUCACAGCAGGGUCAGGCCAGAGACGAGGACUUUGUUCCUAGACGACCUUUGACCCGUUCCUGUACCCGUAUGUCCUCUGUGUCCCUGAUACCUGAGACAGAUCUUUCUAGAGCCAGGCCACGAGUGGCAGUGAGGAGAAAACGAAUGGCUGACAAAUCAACCAGCACUUCAGACCCGGUCACUGAGGACGAUCACAUACAGGUACACACACACAAUCCAAAUUGUUUUCAGAGUGACAUUAUAGUCUUAUAGCCACUGUUUAUCAUU